AUGACAAAAAAUGUCAAAACUCCCGUAACUCUGCCGAUAGAGAAGAGUAAGUAUGUUGUAGUGGGGGGCUAUGAUAAAGCGUACAGAAUGUUGACGUUUACCUUUACAUCUAACAACACAGAGAAUUCUGGCAAAUCAAUCUUGGUUAAUACCACGUGUGAUGCCGGAACUGUUUCAUGUUUCAAGGCAAAUGUCACCCACAAUGAAACCCAUGCCGUUAUUAUGUGUCAACACAGUUUCUUCAACGUGUCAGAGCAGAUAAGUAUCAUUGAUUGGACUGCUGGGGUCCCUAUAGAAACAUGUAGAUGGAACCAGAAUACCUCAAGAACGGAGUGUGAGGUCCAAAAUCACGGACAUCCUCUUGGAAUUGAUGGCUUCAUUACAAAAUAUACCCCAGGGCUAAGGUUUUUAUGCACUAUGGACAGACAAAGCGUUGAACUGGUUUUGGAAGCAGGUGGGUUAACAAGUGGACACGAUGACCAACGGAUUUGCUUUAGUGUUUAUAUCAUUAUAUUUGUAGCUAUGCUAUUGUCAACUCUUAAAUUAGCUCGAUUUAUUCAUGUUUGGUAA